ACCCUUUCCUUCAAGGUUACCAUUAUAAAAAUGUAGUGUGGUUGUAUUUUGCACCAGGUCUUUGAAGACGCCUCUCUGGAGCAUCAAAUCAUGGUUCCAUUACUCUACACAACUCUGCUAAACUACUCGCAAUCAAACGUUCCAUAUUUUGCCAAAGAUUCAUGCAUAUUGUUGUUCUAGAAAGAGUCCUGCAGGUUUCUAAGGUCUUGAAUUUCUCUUCCAGUUCUUAACUGUCUUCUUUUAGAACUGUAAAUUUUAGACAGCGGUCAUCCAUGCAUGAUGUGGCUUUAGGUCUCCAGAUCCUUUCUUUUUAGCAUCAGGUACUGCCUCUCACAUCCCAGUAACAUCCCAAACACAUGCAGAAGAUGGAUUGACUGAUCCUAAUUGCCUCUGGGCACGAGUGAGUGUGCAUGCACAUGCCUUGUUUUCUGUGUUACCUGGUGGCAGUGAUCCAGAGACAAAAACAAUAAAGAGACAAAACAACAACGCCACCAAUAUGUGUCCACUACUAAAAACUAUAAAACCCAUUUUUGUUACCUUUCUGAACAAGUCUUUGCAAAUAUUUUAGAGUGUUAAGGUGAUUAAAGCUAACACAAGCUUGUUCUAUGCAAUGAUCUAGAUCACAUUUGGAUUUGUGUAAUGAGAUGGACUGGUGCUUAUAACAACUCGUAGCUUAUGGCUCCUGAGUUGUUUACUGUGGACCGAGCAUGGGCAGCAUUAGAGAUUGUAGAAAAGAAACUGCUGGGGCCACUGGGAAUGAGGACCUUAGAUCCAGAUGACAUGGUUUAUUGUGGUGUCUAUGACAACGCCCUGGAUAGCAACAACUACAAUCUUGCCAAAGGCUUUAAUGGACCACCAAGGACCUGAGUGGCUUUGGCUGGUUGGAUACUUCCUAAGAGCCAAACUCUACUUUGCCAAGCAGACAGGCCAAGGCGUGUAUGAGAACACAUUGUGCAUGGUGAAAAAUGUACUCUCCAGGCAUCAUGUCCACUUGGAUCGAUCUCCAUUGAAAGGGUUACCCGAGCUGACUAAUGAAAAUGGACAAUACUGCCCUUUCAGCUGUGAGACCCAAGCCUGGUCCAUUGGCACCAUUCUGGAAGUCAUAUAUGAUCUUUGUGUUACAGAGAACCUGUAGAUUGUCCUCGGUGACUGUACAAGCUACAAAAUGUACUUAAAAUAUCUUCAGCUUGGCUGUUCCUUA